ACAAACAAUAGGUGUUUCUAAGCAGUACACAUGUAGGUACUAUCUAGUCAAGUAGGUACUCGAGAUCCAGUAUAAAACCGAGAUGAUUCGGUAGGGUCUUCACUUUUUGGGCAACAUGUUCAAGACUCUCUUGGUUGCAGCUCUCCUGGCUCUUGCCGUCGAGGCAAGACCAAACUCGCGUCUUCCACGACUCGAUGGAAGAAUCGUAGGUGGUUACUACGUCGAAAUUGAAGAACAUCCGUACCAAGUCUCGCUACAAUAUUACGGAAGCCACUUCUGCGGAGGAUCGAUAAUUGCACCCAACAAAAUUUUGACUGCCGCCCACUGCACGGUUAAGUACAACGCCGGGGAUUUGAGCAUUCAUUACGGUUCGACCUCAAGGGAGGAAGGCGGUACUGUGGUGCAAGUUAAGGACAUCCAGGAACAUUACGCAUACGAUGCCAGCACGAUGGACUUCGACGUUUCGGUGCUCACUCUCGUUUCCGACAUCAAAAUGGGCAAGAACGCGCAAAUCAUCGGACUUGUCCCUCACGAAACUAUCGAAGGAGGUCGUACUGCUGUCGUCACAGGAUGGGGCGCCUUGUACUCCGAUGGACCCUCUCCUCAACUGUUGAAAGCCGUCAAGGUUCGCGAAGUGAGCAGAUCCGAAUGUAACGCCGCCUACGAUGGACAGAUCUCCAACGUGAUGAUCUGCUUCAGGGAACACGAAAAGGACGCCUGUCAGGGAGACUCUGGUGGCCCACUCGUUGCUGAUGGUGCACAAAUUGGUGUCGUCUCCUGGGGAUACGGUUGCGCCGAUCCACAAUAUCCAGGCGUCUACUCCAACGUUCAGAAACUCAGAGGUUUCAUCAACGUUUAAGUGAAGAAUUUCCUCACUUGAUCUGGAUCUUUCCAAUUGUUUACUCAAUAAACGUAUAUUGGAAGGA